AAUUAGCAUAUUUGAGGUCACCCCUCGAGUAAUUAAAAUUGACUCAUGGAUUGACUCAUGACUCACAGCACUUUACGACGAUGUUUAAGCAAAAACUGUUUACCUGCCUCUUGUUCCAAUACUUCUUAUGUAAUUAAUUUUAACGCAGCUUUAACUCUUUCAGUUUGUUAAUCUUAUCUACGUUUGAUUUCAAUAUUUCAUUUGAUAAAAAAUAGACGAUUCGAAAUUCGUUAUCAAGGUAAAUUCCUUUCACUGAUAAAAACACAAGCGCAGUUAUAUAGAAAGAUAAAAAAUUUGUAUCAAAUUAAUUUUUUAUAAACUCAUGUCAUUAAGCAAGAUAUACAUUCUAAGAAACAUUUCAUUCAUUCAAGAAACAAUGAAUAAGGAUACUGAAUUGCUAGUGGCGCCGUCUCAAAAAUGUUACCUUCCCGCCAGGUUUGUGAUUUCGUUUCUGAUUUUUUGUGGCAUGUUCUUAGAAUAUUCACACAGAGUAUGCAUAAGUGUGACAAUUGUCGCAAUGGUCAACCAAUCUGCAUUUGAUGUACCAAACAACACAUCUGAUGCAGAUAACACCUGUCCAGAUACCAAUAAUGUUAACUCCACUUCACCAGAAAAACAAGGUGACUAUAUCUGGAGUCCCUACACUCAAGGUAUUAUUUUGGGAGCUUACUUCUAUGGAUACGUGUGUACUCAAGUGUUUGGAGGCAGACUCUCUGAAAUGUUAGGUGGCAAAUGGCCUCUCGGAUUCGCCAUCUUAAUUGCCUCACUACUCACUCUUCUUACUCCAGUUGCAGCUGAUAUAGGAGUCCUUGCAAUUGUUAUCCUUCGAGUUGUGAUGGGACUAGCACAUGGUUUUUGCUUACCUACUUCUUACGCUCUGUUAGCUCAGUGGGCACCACGUGAAGAACAAAGCACUCUUGCGUCUGUAUACAUCAUAGGCGACCAUGUUGGUACUAUAGUAUCUAUGCCUCUAGCUGGAUACUUGUGCAAAUAUGGUUUUGCUGGGGGUUGGCCGUCUGUUUAUUAUACUCUUGGUAAGUAUCACAUAUAUGUCUUUUUUUUAAUUUAUUUCACCUAA